UUUGAGCGAUUUGAAUAAUCCAGCUAUAGUUUAAAUCAUACCGGCAUAUUCAAUUAAAGCAAAAUGGUGAAGAAGAAAAUAGACAAUCGCAUUCGCGUUAUGAUUGAGAAUGGUGUCAAGCUGGGGCAUCGUACCAUGUUUGUCAUCAUUGGCGACAAGGCCCGUGACCAAGUGCCCAUUCUGUACGACAUUCUCAUUAAAUCCACCGUAAAGGCUCGCCCAACUGUGCUGUGGUGCUACAAAAACAAAGACGAAGCCAUUUCCAAUCACGGCAAGAAGCGUGCUAAGAAAAUCGCUCAUGGUAAAGUGGACGUGAAUGAGGUGGAUCUAUUCGAUGCCUUCCGCGUAGCAACCACAAUACACGGUCGCUACUACUCUGAAACACACGCCAUACUGGGACGAACCUAUGGAGUUUGCGUGCUUCAGGACUUCGAGGCACUCACGCCCAAUUUGCUGGCGCGGACCGUGGAGACUGUCGAAGGUGGCGGCCUAAUCAUAUUGCUGCUGAAGACAAUGCAGUCACUCAAGCAACUGUACACCAUGAGCAUGGACGUGCACAAACGCUUCCGCACCGAGGCCCACCAGACAGUCACCUGCCGCUUUAAUGAGCGCCUGAUCCUGUCCCUGGCCGACUGCAAACGCUGCCUGGUGGUCAACGAUGAUCUAACCGUGCUACCACUGAGUUCCAAGACCAUAAAUGUGCAGCCGGUGAAUCCAGCGGACGUUGCGAAAUCGGAGAAUGACACCAACUUGAGAGAGCUGCAGCAGAGUCUGUUGAAUGUGCAGCCUGCCAGCGCCCUGGUGAGUCUCUGCAAGACCUACGACCAGGCCCAUGCAGUUGCCCAGUUCAUUGACGCGCUGGUGGACAAGCAGCUGAAGCCUCCAAUGUCACUGACCGCCGCUCGUGGACGCGGCAAAUCCGCUGCUAUGGGUCUGGCUAUAGCUGCAGCAGUCUCGUUUGGCUAUGUGAACGUGUAUGUCACCUCGCCUCAUCCCGAGAACUUGAUAACGCUCUUUGAGUUCGUGCUCAAGGGCUUCGAUGCGCUGGAGUAUCAGGAGCAUGCGGACUACACCAUAAUACGCAGUACCAAUCCGGACUUCAAAAAGGCCAUCAUACGUAUCAACAUAACGCGCAACAGCCGCCAGACCAUACAGUAUAUAGCGCCCAGCGAUACGCACCUGCUGAAUGCCGCCGAUCUGCUGCUGAUCGAUGAGGCCGCGGCCAUACCCUUGCCGCUGGUCAAGAAGAUGAUGGGCCCCUACCUGAUAUUCAUGGCCAGCACCAUCAAUGGUUAUGAGGGCACGGGCCGCUCGCUGAGCCUGAAGCUCAUCGCUCAAAUACAAAAGGACAACAAUGCGCGGCCACCGCUGACGCUCAACGAGUCGAUCCGCUACAGGUGCGACGAUGACAUCGAGCGGUGGCUCAUCAAUCUGCUCUGCCUGGACACGAGCAAUGUGCCAGUCGUUAGCUCGGGCUGUCCGCUGCCAGUGCUCUGCGAGCUCUACUAUAUCAAUCGGGAUGCUCUGUUCUCGUACCACAAAGCCGCGGAGACCUUCCUCAAUCGGUUGAUGUCCAUCUACGUGUCGUCCCACUACAAGAAUACGCCCAACGAUCUACAGAUGAUGAGCGAUGCGCCCGCUCAUCAUUUGUUCUGCAUGCUUGCCCCAGUGCAACGCAUGGAUCAGUUGCCAGAGAUUCUAGUGGUCAUCCAAGUGGCCCUCGAGGGACAAAUCUCGUCACAGAGCAUUAACGAUUCGUUGGGGCGCGGCAAGAAGGCUGCCGGUGAUUUGAUACCCUGGAACGUGGCCGAGCAGUACGGAGAUCGUGAUUUUCCCAAGCUAUCCGGCGUACGCAUCGUCCGUGUUGCGACACAUCCCAACUAUCAGCGCAUGGGCUACGGCAAGAGGGCAAUCGCCCUAUUGAAGGACUACUACGAAGGCUGCUUCACGAAUGUGGAUGACAAGCCGGAGAAGAUUAAUGACAAAGUUGGCAUUGAAGAGGUGGAGGAGGAGGAGCUGAGYCUGCUCAAAGAGCAGAUUCGUCCACGCAAACGUAUUCCAACGUUACUCGAACGCCUGCACGAGCGCAUGCCGGAGCGUAUUGAUUAUAUAGGCACCUCAUAUGGCCUGACUGCAGAGCUACUUAAGUUCUGGAAGAACGUCGGCUUUGUGCCCGUUUACCUCAGCCAGAAGGCCAACGAGCUGACCGGCGAGCACAGCUGCAUCAUGCUGCACACACUGAAGCGAGCGCCCAGCAGCUGGCUGCCUCUGUACUUCCACGACUUUCGCCGGCGAGUGCUCAAGCUCAUGGCGAAGACUUUCCGCGAGUUCGAAACCAAACUGUGCCUGGCGCUGCUCAAGAACAAGUCCGUGGAUGACUCCAGCACAACGAUCGCCAAGCUAGACAAGCCCACGCUGGACGUUUACUUUCUGCCGCACGAUCUGCAGCGCUUGGAGAGCUAUGCACGCCAGCAGUCCGAGUUCCGCCUGAUCAUCGAUCUGCUGUCCGACAUCGCCCAGCUUUAUUUCCAGGGUCGCAUCGAGGGACUCCAGCUGGAUCUGGUGCAACAGAGCGUGCUGUUGGGCCUGGGCGUGCAGGGCAAGUCGGUGGACCAGAUAGCCGCCGAGCUCAACAUGCCGGGCAACCAGUUGCUGGCCAAGUUCUUUGACGCCAUGAAGAAGUGCAAUCAGUGCUUCCGCACGGUGCUCGAGGAGCACAUCGAGGGUGGCAUGCUACAGGAGUCGCAGCUGCCGCGUGGCGAAGAGCUGCAGCCGCUCUCGCUAUCCAUUGACCAAGAGCUGGAAAAGACAGCGCAGAAACUGACCAAGCAGCAGCGCAAGGAACUGAAGCGCCUGAAGGCCGAGGCGACAUUCAACGAAUACCAAAUCAAGGGCAGCGAAGAGGACUGGUCCAAGGCGCUCGAGAGCAAUGGCAAGGACGCGACUAUUGGUGCUGGUAGCGGUCUACUUUCGGUGAAGAGCGGAGUCAAGCGUCUUGACGCGACUGUAGAACCUCCUGAUGCGAACUUGGGACCACCACAGACGAAAAAGAGCAAAAAGAAUCCUAAGUUGAAAAAGGGCGCGGGCAAGUCGCUCAUUUAGUGGGCACAGUUGGGGUAGAUCUAUAUUUAUAAGGUUUCUUCAAUAAAAAAUAAUGGAGAGUUGACGUUAA